UCGCCCUCCCGCACCCGAUCGAGAAAUCCUAGCUCCGUCGCUCGCCGGCGAUGGAGGCGCCGGACGAGGAGGCCGGGCUGGGGCUCCCUGAGGGCGAGCGGCUUCUGGAGGUGGCCCUCAUCUCCGCGCAGGGGCUCAAGCCCCCGUCCGGCGUGCGGCGGCGGCUGCAGGCGUACGCGGUGGCCUGGGUCGACGCGGGGCACAAGCUCCAGACCCUCCCCGACGCCACGGGCGGCCUCGACCCGGCGUGGCACGCGCGCCUCCUCUUUCGCGUGCGGGAGGCCUCGCUCGCCGACGACUCGCCCGCCGCCGUCUCCGUUGAGAUCUACGCCGCCGCCGCCGCGGGCUCCUGGCACUUCGGCGGGGACUCGCUCGUCGGCUCGGCGCGCUUCCUGAUUGGCGACCACCGCCUCCUGUCCCGCCCGGUCGGCUCCCCGUCCAUGUUCGCCGUCGGCGUGCGCCGCCCCUCCGGCAGGGUCCACGGCCUCCUCAACGUGGCCGCGAGCCUCGUCGCGGUGCCCCCGUCCCCGGCCGCCUGCCACGCCCUCCGCCUCUCGCCGGCCGUCUCCCUCAGCGGGCCCUCCGUGGCGCCGACCCCAAGCCGCGUGCUCCGCGUCCUCAACCGCGCGCACCGGACACCUCCACCGUCCCCGAGGCUUCUUACGCCCAAGAAGCAGCAGAUGGUGGACGACGGCAGCGACGAGGCCGAGGAAGACGCGAGGGGGAUGGGCGGGGUCGUGUUCUGCGGGCCCUGCGUCGGACCAUUACCAAGAAAGAUACGCACGAGCCCCUCAGACGAGAACCUGCAGGCCUUCGCUAACAUCUUCUCUGGCGGGCUCAGGCAUUGCCGGACAGAGCCCUCAUUUUUGAGGAGUCCAGGCAAGUAGGCUUUAUGCUCUCAAUUGGUUUCCUGUGGAGUUAGCCCGUUUCCUCUUGAGAUCAGGGUAAAUCUGAGUUGUAUCAUAGCACCUCUUGUUAUCAUCAGAAAUAUGUUACAUCAAAUUUUCUGUAGAUUCAGUGGAUUUAGAAUAUUCGAGCCACAUAUAUCAGCGUUGAAAUUCUUUGCUGGUCUCUAGUAUAUCAUGUUGGAAGAAAGCUGCUUCUUCCUCAAUACAUAUAUUAGAUUGGUAAUUUCAGUGGGGAACAAUGCUUGCAGCAUUGACACAAAGUCUUAUGAUUUACUAUCUCUCUGUCCAGAUAUUUUGAGAUUCAAAAUUUGGACACAAAUUUAAGCAUUUUUGGCACAAUCCACCCCUCUGUCCUCCCUAUUCCGCACACAUUAAGCCUUAUUUGCUCAGCAAGCAGCUGCGAGGCAUUUCCACCCUCCCUCGUGACCUUCUGCACACACACACAGCAGAGGGAUGCUGUGGCCGCCACAGCUACCAUUUAUUACCUUGACAGCAGUUUCUCUGAAUGCCACUAAACACAAGAUGAUUCAGGCCCUUCAAUGAGUGACACAAAGUCUUUUAUCUUGUCGCUUAUUGACUAUUGAGUUAUUCACUGAAUGCUCAUCUUAUAGAGUAUAAGUGGACUGAGGACUGAAGGUGAAUGUUCUUAUCUUCAUGGUACGUAUUCUCUUAUGUUUAACUAUGUUUUCCAGC